CCGCCAUGACGGUCACAGCUGCUCUCGUCCCUGUGGUGUGUAAGUGUUGUGGGCCGCCUCUGUUGCCUCUUGAAGCGUGUCUGGCUUAUGUGUAUACCUCACAAGGCUAGUAUAUUACCUGUGACGUGUGGCAGAUGCAGGUGUAAGAUUCCCCAAAGUGCAGGCUUACUGGUAGACACCAAUAGCACUCUGGUCUACAUCAUUGGCUCACAAUUGAGGCAUCUGGGUUUAAUUUCCAAGUGGGACAAAACAGUAGCACACGUGUUAGUGUGUGCAGGCAUGAGUGAAGUGCGUCACUUCAAUAAUCCCUACCCUAGGGAAAGUGGGGAAGACGGUGAGCAUAUUUUGGAUUGCACAACACAAAAGCUCUCUGAAGAGUACACAAGUAAGACAUGGAAAAAUAUAAAGAUGUUGUUGAAUAUUCUGGAUGUAGAACUGUCAAAGGAACAUGAAACAAGUGACACUUCAGUGUAUACCGGGAUGAGUGGUCAUGUGUUGCUGUAUCUUCAUGUGGCUCGGGUUCUCAACGAUGAUAAGUACCAACAGAAAGCUAGAGUACUGGUAGAUAAGGUACUUCAGAAGCUGAAGAGUCGAAGACCUUCAUUUUUGUGUGGAGAUACCGGUCCUCUAGUGCUUGGUGCUCUCGUGUAUCACAACAGCUUGCUGGAAGAUAAAGUCAAACACUGUAUUACAAAAAUAAAAGAAUUGAAAAGGGAGGUACUGAAUACAAAGUCAGAGCUCCCUGAUGAACUUCUCUAUGGAAGAGCUGGCUAUCUAUAUGCACUUCUCUUUCUUCAGCAAAAGAUUGGGAAAGAGGUUGUUGAUGAUAACAUGAUACGGUCAGUGGUGACGGCAAUAUUAGACUCUGGACGUGCUCUAUCUUUGAAGGAGAAGUGUGCUACCCCGCUCAUGUACCAGUGGCAUGAAAAGCGAUACAUUGGAGCUGCACAUGGUAUUAUUGGCAUAUUAUUCAUGCUUUUACAGGCAAAAGAACAUCUUUCUACAGAAGAAUUGCACGAGUUGAUUCGGCCGACAGUUGACUACCUGUGCAGCUUACAGUUUAGCUCUGGUAACAUGCCAUCGUCGAUGGGCAACCCAACAGACCGACUAGUGCACUGGUGUCAUGGAGCUCCUGGUGCGGUAUUCCUGUUCGCUAAAGCAUACCAGGUUUUUGGAAAUAAGAGUUACUUGGAACAUGCGAAGAAAUGUGCCGAGUGUGUUUGGGAGCGUGGGCUGUUGAAAAAAGGUUAUGGCCUUUGUCAUGGCUCUGCAGGCAAUGGAUAUGCUUUACUCUAUCUUUAUCAGGUGACAAGGGAUGCAGUGUACUUGUAUCGCUGCACAGUUUGGCAAUUGGGGUCAAGAAUAUGGCAAACAUGGCUGUCGCACACCAGACAGACCAUUCUCUCUCUUCGAGGGAUUGGCAGGCAACAUUCACUUCUUAGUUGACCUCACAAACCCAAAUGAAGCAAAGUUUCCAGGAUUUGUAGUGUAGUAGAAUUAAGAUACAAAAACAAUAAAGGCUGUGCUAUUUG